AUGCAAAGCUGGCUGACCACGGCCAAGCUGUUGUACCUUGAAGAGGGCAGUGCCUACAGCACCUUUCUAAAUGACCAUGACUUCAAAGCCAAUGGAAAGCAGGCUCUUCCCAAGCCCUGGCAGAGAACACCCCUGAAAGCAGUAUCACUCCAGACUGUGGGCAUCAUAACUAUUUUUGUUUAUUCAGGAAGACAGGGAGCCUUGAGCUGGGCGAGAUGGGCAGUUCCACAGGCUUUAAGAGCGUCUCAUCAGUCAGAGACUGAACAAUCCUGUGGCAUCCUUCAUGCUAUAGUUUAUGACCAUGAAUAGUAGUUAUUUCUGAAUUGGAGCUAUACAUUCACCAGGUAUUUCUGGCAAAGAGGAAAAGCUACUUUCCAAAGUCAAAAGCCAGUCUCCGUUUUACCAAGAGAACAGACUGAUCAUUCAAGCAAUGGAGAUGUCUGGGAAGACUGUGCAAACUUAAGGAGGCAGAUCCUUGCUGUAGAAAGUGGAUCACUGAAGGAAAGUCCCAUGUCCUCUUUAUGUGUACCACCCCACCUGGCCACUCUGCAGCAUUUUGGCAGAGACUACUCUAGCAUUAUGGUACCUCCAGAUGAGGAAGUACACAGUACAUCAUUCUUGGGACACAGAAGCCCAAAGCACAGACGCAAGAUGUACCCUCGAUGUUUAAGGCUGAUAGUACAGGACCUGCACCCUUCUGUCGUGUGCCGAGCAGCUGUGGGCUUUUGA